UUCAAAUGGUCCAGCUCCAGCUCCAGCGGUGGCGUCACUGACGGGCUCUUCUUGUACGUAUCUAGAUAUAUACAUCUGCCCUGCAUAAGUCUUUCUUCCUCCGAAUCCCUUUCGAUGUCAUCAAUGGCGUCUACCUCUGCACAGCUCUCCCUCUCAAAGCCCUCCCACUUCCCUUCUUUCAAUUCGCUGAAACCCCAUUACCAGAUCUCGCUCCCCCUCUCGACAAACCACCAGAAACCCAGUUCCUUCUGUCCUCUCUACAUCGCAAACAGCCUCUCCGACGGGAAGUCAAAACACUCCCCCGCCGCUGCCCCCGCCACUGCCACUGCCUUCACCACCGCUACCAUCACCACCUCCCCCUCCUCUCCAUCAACUUUCGUUCCUCGAUUCGCUGCCGAUGAACCCAGAAAAGGUGCCGAUGUGCUCGUCGAAGCUCUCGAACGGGAAGGUGUAACCACUGUCUUUGCCUACCCAGGUGGAGCGUCCUUGGAAAUACACCAAGCCCUCACCCGCUCCUCCAUAAUCCGCAAUGUUCUCCCCAGACACGAACAAGGUGGCAUCUUUGCUGCAGAGGGUUACGCUCGUGCGUCGGGCCUUCCGGGCGUCUGCGUUGCCACCUCGGGUCCCGGUGCCACCAAUCUCGUCAGUGGCCUUGCUGACGCCAUGCUUGAUAGCGUGCCUCUGGUUGCCAUCACCGGGCAGGUUCCUCGCAGGAUGAUAGGCACUGAUGCUUUCCAAGAAACCCCGAUCGUCGAGGUUACUCGAUCCAUCACCAAACACAACUACCUUGUGCUUGACGUUGAAGACAUUCCCCGUAUUGUGCAUGAGGCCUUUUACCUAGCAUCUUCAGGUCGUCCGGGUCCGGUAUUGAUCGACAUCCCGAAGGAUAUUCAACAGCAGCUGGUUGUUCCCAACUGGAAUACUCAGAUGAAACUACCCGGUUAUCUAUCCAGGUUGCCAAAAUCACCAGAGGAGGCCCAUUUAGAGCAGAUUCUUCGGUUUAUAUCUGAGUCCAAAAAGCCUGUCUUGUAUGUUGGUGGUGGAUGUUUGAACUCAAGUGAAGAGCUUAGACGUUUCGUUGAGCUCACAGGCAUUCCAGUGGCGAGUACUUUAAUGGGUCUUGGAGCUUACCCCGGAUCAGACGAUCUAUCUCUUCAUAUGCUUGGAAUGCAUGGUACUGUUUAUGCCAAUUAUGCUGUAGACAAAUCUGAUUUAUUGCUUGCGUUUGGAGUCAGGUUUGAUGACCGUGUGACGGGAAAGGUUGAGGCUUUUGCUAGCCGGGCUAAGAUUGUUCACAUUGAUAUUGACCCAGCUGAGAUUGGAAAGAACAAGCAGCCACACCUCUCGAUUUGCACUGAUGUAAAGUUGGCAUUAGAAGCGAUAAACAGGUUGAUAGAGGAUAAGCAACCUAAGCUCAAGUUUGAUUUCUCAGCUUGGAGGAAGGAGCUUCAUGAGCAGAAGUUGAAAUUUCCAUUGAGUUUUAAAACUUUUGCGGAAGCUAUUCCUCCCCAGUAUGCAAUUCAGGUUUUAGAUGAACUGACGGAUGGAAAUGCAAUUAUAAGCACUGGGGUUGGGCAGCAUCAGAUGUGGGCAGCCCAAUGGUAUAAGUAUAAGAGGCCACGCCAAUGGUUGACAUCAGGCGGGUUAGGUGCCAUGGGUUUUGGAUUGCCAGCUGCGAUUGGGGCUUCUGUUGCCAGACCUGAUACCCUUGUUGUAGAUAUUGAUGGUGAUGGAAGUUUUAUCAUGAAUGUCCAGGAAUUGGCAACUGUAAGGGUGGAAAAUCUCCCCAUCAAGAUCUUGCUUUUGAAUAACCAACAUUUGGGUAUGGUUGUUCAAUGGGAGGAUCGAUUCUAUAAGGCAAACCGAGCCCAUACAUACCUUGGCAAUCCAAGAAACGAGUCUGAGAUUUUCCCAAACAUGUUAAAGUUUGCAGAAGCUUGUGAUAUUCCAGCUGCCCGUGUGACAAAAAAGAGUGAGUUAAGGGAAGCUAUGAAGAAGAUGUUAGAGACCCCUGGUCCAUAUUUGUUGGAUGUCAUUGUACCACAUCAAGAACAUGUGCUUCCCAUGAUUCCAAGUGGUGGGGCCUUCAAGGAUGUGAUCACUGAAGGUGAUGGGAGAUCAACAUAUUAAUUCUCCAAAGACUUCAGAGUUUCUUUAGAAUCAUUAAGGUGCCAUUGCUUGGUGUAAUGAUAAAAUCUCGAGCUGAGAAGUGUGAGAAUGCAGGUACGAGUCUGAAAGUGUCACUCACUUUGUGCAAAAGAAAAUGCCAAAUGUUAGGACCAUAUCCAAUCUACCCCUCCCAAGAUCUCAUACAUGUAGAAUUUUUAGAUGCCGUUACCCUUGUAAAGUUGUAAUGGAUAUACUGUCUGGAGUAGAAGCAAGUUGGAGAGUAGCUAUUUUGUUUUACUGCUGAAAAAUAGUACAUUGUUCUGUUUUUUCUCUGAUGAAGAGACAAAGUGAAACUGGAGUUGUCUCUCAGAUAGCUUAGCUAAUAGAAAGUCAUGUUUUCUAGCAUUCAUUCA